AUGUCGACGGAAGAAGACAAUCGUCGUGAACAUCGGAAACUCGUCAUUGAAGAAUUCCAUUUGAGGCGUCUUCAGCGUCAAUUGCACGAAUUUUAUAGCAGAAUAUGUAAAGAGGAGCUGGAAAUUGUAAAAAAAGAGUACAAUAAAACAGAGUUUGAUCUUAGAUAUUUACAAAGCAGUGCCAAGUUAGUCGGAAAAGUCAUUAGGCUUCUUAACAGUGAGAAAGUAAGUGUGGAAAUUAGCAACGAAGAAUGGAUCGUUGGUUGUCAUGACAAAGUGGACAAGGAGAAGCUAAUUUCUGGAACACGAGUGAUUCUUGAUAAGACUACCCUCACUAUUCUAGGAAUUCUUCCUCGUGAAGUGAGUCCUCUUGUAUACAAUAUGAUUCAUAAAGAUUCUCGAGAUAUUAGCUAUUCUGCUCUGGGAGGGCUAUCUGAUCAGAUUCGACAGCUGAAAGAAUGCAUCGAGCUUCCACUAAUGAAUCCUGAGAUUUUCAUUAGGGUGGGAAUUAAGCCCCCAAAGGGUGUUCUUCUCUAUGGGCCUCCUGGGACGGGCAAGACAAUGUUAGCUCGAGCCAUAGCGAGCAAUAUAAAAGUCAAUUUCUUACAGGCUGCUGCGAGUUCUAUUAUAAUUAGUUACAUUGGUGAGAGUGCUAGACUGAUUCGUGAAAUGUUUAAUUACGCUAGAGAUCACCAACCCUGCAUCGUCUUUAUGGACGAGAUUGAUGCUAUUGGAGGUCGACGACUAGGUGAGGAGGGUAUGACUUCUGAUCGUGAAAUUCAGAGAACUCUGCUGGAGCUACUGAAUCAGCUUGAUGGAUUUGAUCAACUAGGCAAGGUCAAAUUUAUCAUGGCAACAAACAGACCAGACGUGUUGGACCCUGCACUUCUUCGGCCUGGUCGUAUAGACAAGAAGAUUGAAAUUCCAUUGCCAAAUGAACAUUCAAGAUUGGAAAUUCUUAAAAUUCAUGCUGCUGGCAUGGCCAAGUAUGGUGAGGUCGACUAUGAAGCUGUUGUUAAACUAGCAGAGGGAUUUAAUGGGGCUGAUCUACGGAACAUGUGUACUGAAGCUGGCAUGUUUGCUAUUCGUGCAGAGAGAGAUUAUGUGAUCCAUGAAGACUUCAUUAUGGCUGUCAGGAAAUUAAACGAGGGAAAGAAAUUGGAGACACAAGCUAGUUAUAGUGCUGACUUUGGAAAGGACUGAUUAAGAACUAAGUGAAGAUUGUAUGUAAAUUUCAUAGUUGCCCCUUGUAAACAGUUAGUUUCUGUUCUUUCAUUCUUUGUACUAGUAGUAUAUUACUAGAACUUCACAAUACUUUCCUAUUAGUUUUAUUGUGUUGCUUUUUCAGCAAACAAUUUCUGUAAUUGUGUAUCAUGUAGCAACCUACUCUAUGUUACAUUUGGAAUAUGAAAAUAUGAAUGUGCAAGAAACAGUUUU